UAAAUCUUCUUGUUUUGGUGGGAGGAGACGAAAUCAAUCUGAAUUAGACAUUUGCGUAUGGUGUGUGGUAUAAUUUGAUUGAGUUUCCCAUGAAAUUCUUUAAGCUUCUUGUUCUUGUACAUUGCAAUUGAUGAUAAAAUUGCAAAAAGAAAGCUUCUAAUUAUAAGGUUCAAUGAUCCAAAUUUAGUUAAGGAGACCAUCUACUCUUAAUGUUAGUUCUUUUAUUAUCAUUAGAAUGAAAAACUGUUUAUCACGUUAGGUCCAUAUUUGUUGAAUGUGUGCUAACUGUUAUAAUUAUGGGUAUUAUUAGAUGUAUCUUUAGAGUAGAUUUCCCUAGUUUAUCUUGUUGAAGAAGACAGCAGUGUGUACUGUCUUGUCAAAGCUUGUCAAGCUGUCUCUCUCCUAUUUGUAUAUAUAUAUGUUAUUUGAAUGAAAUAAAACUAAGCAACAGAGGGAAAAGUUUCUCUCCUCACAUAUUCAAAACUUCAAGUUGGUACCAGAGCGGGUCGUAUCCACCGCCGUCCACCGCCGUCCACCACCGUCCGCCGCCGUCCGCCGGCCGUUUCAACCGGCGACUACAGGGUUUUGUGCGCCUCGAGGAGCGCAACUCAGCGCAACUAACCGCUGGGCCAGGAGCUUCCCCACGCGCCGUCACGCACCAUCUUCGUGCGCGCCAAACGCCGGCGCGUGACCACCACGCGCCGCCCUCCCCUUGCCGGAAACGCGCGCGUUUGCUUCCGGCCGUCUCGUCGGGCUCUCCUGAGUCCAUAUCAGCCAUUAGUUUUUGGUUUCGGCACUUCGUUGAGUGACCUUGUGCCUUCCUUGUCUCUCUACUUUAGUUUCCUUUGAUCUGUGAGUGAAAAUGGCUUCGUCUGGCCCAAUACUUUCGUUUUCUGGAACUCCCACUAUCACAACAGCAAAGCUCAAUUGGAAAAAUUACUUAUCCUGGUCUGCUUCAGUAGAACUGUGGUUCCUUGGGCAAGGGCAUCAUGACCAUCUUGAAAAAGAUGCUGAGGCAGUUCCGGAUGAUAAAAGACCUGAGUGGGAAAAGUUAGAUUAUCAGCUCUGUGCUGUCUUAUGGCAGUCAGUUGAGGCAGAUGUUUUGGAGAUUCUCAGAUCGUUCAAAACAUGCUGCUCCUUUUGGAAAAAGGCCCGGGAAAUCUUUGCCAAUGAUAUUCAGAGUUUGUUUGAUGCAACCAUGAAGGUCACAGCUCUCAAACAAACCAGCCACGAUAUGAUUGCACACAUAGGUAAAGCUCGGGCAGCAGUGGAAGAAUUGAAGAGGUUCCUUGUGGCUGAAUCGUUGGAGGAAGUGAAUAGAAAGCUAGAUAAGUUCUAUAUGGUUCUCAUCUUGAGAAGUUUACAUUCAGACUUUGAUCACGUUCGUGAUCAAGUCUUAGCUGGAGAUCAGGUUCCGUCGAUGGAUUCUCUCAUCACUAGGCUGCUUCGUGUUCCCCAUGCAUUGAAAGAAGAAAAUCCGGCUGAUGUAGUGGAGACGUCAGCCAUGGCUGCACCUCGUGGGAGAGGGGGAGGACGUAACAGUAGAGGAGGCCGUGGUGGGAGAGGUGGACGUCCUCAAUGCACAUAUUGCAAGAGGAUGGGCCACACACAAGAGACUUGCUACUCCUUGCAUGGCUUCCCUGACAAAGUAGCUCAGGUAACUCAGACCGAAACCGAAAAAUCAGAGUCUAAGUUCUCUGAUAAAGAAUAUUAAGAAUAUUUGAAGCUGAAAUCUGAGAA